AUGACUGUGGAGGAAACUUUUUUGAAGAUCUUACAGACAGACCCUACCUCCAGAGAAAGCAUGGAGGAGGGACGAUCUGGUAAAGAUCUCCAAAGAAAAUUCCUACCAAUUACAUCUCCUGUAAUCCCACUUUAUUGUUGCAUCAUCAUGAUUAUGGUCCUAGCUACAAUUGUGGUGGUACUUUCCACUUUUUUGGCAGUGAGAAACACAAAGCCGGUCUCAUAUGUUCUGUAUGCUACCUGCCCAAAAGAAUGGAUUGGAUUUGGAAGUAAGUGUUUUUAUUUUUCUGAAGACACAAGGAAUUGGACAUUCAGCCAGACAUUCUGUACCUCAUUAGAAUCUGUUCUUGCUCAGUUUGAAAACGAGGAGGAGAUGAACUUCCUGAAAAGAUAUAAAGGCCCUUCUGACCAUUGGAUUGGCCUUAGAAGAGAAUCAUCACAUCAUGUUUGGAAAUGGACAGACAGCACUGAAUAUAAUGUCACAUUUCUUAUCAAAGGAGUUGGGGAAUGUGCCUACCUGAAUGACGUUGGACUUAGUAGUGCCAGGAGCUACACAGAUAGAAAGUGGAUUUGCAGCAAGACAAAUAAUAAUGUCUCCAUGGACUUAAAUACUUAA